AUUUCUUUUCCCGGAGGAGAGAGGAUCGAGAUGGAGAGAAGAGGAAUCUCCCUCAAUGUCGUCCUCAACCUGCCCCCUGGGCAUGCGCGGAGUGCCUCGGCGGGCGGGGUGUGUGGCAAUAUGGCGAAGAACUUCACCCAUCAUCAACUGACCAACCCGGACGGCUCUCAGACUACCUGCCAAAAGUACACUGGUCAAAAGGACUGUCUGAACACUAACUUCAACUCCGCUUGGAAUGCGUGGGUGGGUGUAAAGACAUAACAAACGGUCUGCCGCCUGGUCUGUUUGGCGGGACGUGGAAGCGGGCUGUCCCAGGCCUGUUUGGAGGGACUCCUGGCCAGAUCAGCGUGGACUUUGACGUAAACGAAUUUGUCGACAAGUCUCCGAACAGCUCACAAUCCGCGCCACAAGCCACCGCAGAAGAGAGGCACAACGCCACACAUUUGUGCACGGACGUUCUGGGCAAGUCUGUGCUGUUGGAUCACUGUGGGCCGGAGACACGGCGUAUUAUGGACAGUAUCAUGGAGGAUUGUGUCACUGACGUACUGACAUCAGGAGACCAUGAGUUCGCUAAAACAGCCCUGGCGGCUCUCAACAACCUGUGCCGGGACAAAAUCCGCAGGAACCCCAAAAACUACAAACCCAACAAAGAUGGCGUGCUGGAGAUUUUGCCCGAAGUCUCCACGGAGAUUUGCUCUCAGGUAUCAACGUUCCCUUACGACCAGAAGACGUGACCUUGAACCUAGAAGCCCCGUUCACAAGGUCAAGGCUAGCGUGUCACGUGGGUCAGUCUACGGUUGACCAGCACGUGCUGUGGUACCUCAACGGCAUUCAGAUUCGUGACGUCACUUUGCAGCCAGGCCAGUCAAAGGCCGAGUUUGAUAUGACGUCAGUGAAGAGCGACAGGGCUGUAAUUAUUCAGUGCAAGUCCCCAGACCCCUACACCCCACACAUUCUAAGGGUUAGCAAGGAAUUCACUUACGCGUAAGAAAUGACCACGGAAGAGAUUCCUUGCCACCUGAUGCCAUGACGUCAUGAGUUCUCGUCUGGAGGAAGGGAGAUAAUUGUGGUUCUCCUUCCUAGAGACGGCUCCAACACUUUCUGACACGCCGUGGCUCCUCUCCCUUCUUCUCCCUCUCCAACAAAAGCAAGAUCUGGUACAAACAUUGGCUACAGAAUGGUUCGCCACUUAUUAAAUAAUGUGAGGCAAGCUGACAAAAUGAGUUACUUCUCACAAUCUAAAAAUGGAGAUAUCGGAUGAAAAUUGACACUGA